ACUUUUGUACUACUGGAUUUAACAACAUGAAUGAAUCAUUCGAAAUUAACUUGAGGGGAACUAAAUUCCUCUCCACGUCCCCCUUUGUCAGAGACUUGAUGCAUGCUCUUGUUAAGGCUGACCAGGCAGCUACUCACCCAAAUGGGGGCUUUUAUGUUGACAGAAACCCAAUGAUUUUUCACCACAUUUUGGAUUACCAUUCUGGAGGCGAAUUUCAUCUUCCAAAGAAUAUCUGUCCACUUCAAGCACGCAAAGAGAUAGAGUUUUGGAGAAUACCUUCUAAAGGCAUCCAUAAUUGCUGCUAUGAAUCUCUUUAUAAUGAAAACGAAUAUCAGUAUACCUCUAUUGAGAAUUUAGAGAGCGAUCUGAAAGUACAGACAAAUCGAUCGGUAUCGCCAAUGUUUGGUGAAAAAAAAGUCAAGAAUUGUUUAGGAAGACUCCGAUACAAGCUGUUGGAGGCAUAUUUGCAUCCCUUUACGACUUGGACUGGAAGGGUGUGGCUUUUUAUCUCAGCCUUGGUUACAAUUACUUCUGUCGUUGUGUACUUGCUUAACAGUGAUCAACACUUCCGAGUCUCCCGAGAGGGACUUCCGGUUCUCCCAUACAAUUUGACUUACAACAUGAUCGUGAAAAAUAAAAAGUAUCUCGUUUUCAUAACAACUACACGUGAAUAUGUUAAGAGUAUUCUUGAAUUUUUUACGAACACUUUCCUCCUGCUUGAGCUUUUGGUGAUAUUUGUUAUAACUCAUCAAAAAAGAAGAUUCUUACUCAGUCUCCAAAACAUUUUAAAUAUUGCUACGGGAUUGGCAGUGUAUGUGGCUUGGUACAUCGACGUCUACUCAAUUAGCACGUGGGAAAAUGAACAUUUAGAUAACUUUUUGAUUGCACUCGGAGUUUUUCAAAGUUUAAGAGUUAUUCGUUUCCUGCGAUUGGUUGAGUUCACUCCGGAAAUGAAGAUACUAAAACUUUCGCUACAUGAGAGUUGGCGAGAGUUUGUUUUGCUUCUAAUGGUAUUAACAGCUUUCUCCCUCAUCUUCGGAUCGAUAAUGUUUUGGGUGGAGCUAGAUAACCCCGACACGUUUCCCACCGUCUUUAUCAGUAUAUGGUGGGCGAUAAUAACCAUGACAACUGUAGGAUAUGGCGAUUUUUACCCUAAGACAGUGGAGGGAUACUGUGUUGCCAUUGUUGCAGCCAUUUUUGGUCUGCUACUUUUGGCAAUGCCUAUCACGAUAUUAGCCUCAAACUUCAAUACUUUUUAUAACUGCUACAAAUACAGAAAAAGACAUGUCCUUUCGAAAUAG